AUGGUCACUGUCAACACUACAGCUACCUCCAUUUCUGCUGCCACAAUUUCCACUACCAAUCUGAACCAAGGUCCUAUUCUGGCAGCCUGCUCAGAUCCAGUUCUGGAUAAGAUCAUUAAAUUCCCUCCACAGCAUAUAGAGAAUAUUUCUUUCUUCUUUAAACCAAACUUUGAGGAUUAUUUCUUCAGGAAAGGAAGUUAUGAAGCAAGACCACUUGAAUGUUCACAAGCUGAUUACCCACAAGUUGAACAUCAAAGAAGACAGCAAUGCAGGGGCCCUAUAAGCCUAUCUCUUUUCACACUGGCAAUCAUAGCGAUCAUAGGAAUUGCCAUUGGUAUUGUUACUCAUUUUGUUGUUGAGGGUGAUAAGUCGUUCUACUAUCUUGCCUCUUUUAAAGCUACAAAUAUAAAAUACAGAGAAUGUUAUGGAAUGAGAACCUCAAAACAGUUUAUAGAAAAGAGUCAUCAGAUUGAGAGAAUGAUGUCUACGAUAUUUCAACAUUCUGGAGAGGGUCGGUUUAUCAAAUCUCAUGUUAUCAAAUUAAGUCCAGAUCAAAAUGGUAUGAACAUUCUUAUGGUGCUUGUGUUUCGAUUCCCAUCUACUGAUAGUGCUGAGCAAGUCAGGAAAAAAAUUGAAAGGAUUCUAUAUCAAAGUCUGAAGAGAGAACCAAUGCCUUUUACUAUACACAAACCAUCAUUUGCACUCACAUCUAUCGACAACAAAAAGAUGAGGAAUCUUCUCAACAGUCGCUGUGGAAUAAGGAUGACACCUUCAUUCAUGCCAUUACCAGCGUUUGCGUCUGCUGAAAGAAUUAUCCAAGGAAGUGAAGCAGCUCUGGAAGGGGAGUGGCCAUGGCAGGCCAGCCUCCAGCUCAUAGGGGCUGGCCAUCAGUGUGGGGCCAGCCUCAUCAGUAACACGUGGCUACUCACGGCAGCUCACUGCUUCCGCAGAAAUAAAGACCCAAAUAGAUGGAUUGUCACUUUUGGUAUAACUAUAACACCACCCACAGUGCAACGAAAUUUGAAGAAAAUUAUCAUUCAUGAAAAUUACCGUAGAGAAACAAAUGAAAAUGACAUUGCUUUGGUUCAGCUUGCAACCCGAGUUGACUUUUCAAAUGUAGUUCAGAGAGUUUGCCUCCCAGAUUCAUCCAUAAAGUUGCCACCUAAAACAGGUGUAUUUGUCACAGGAUUUGGAUCCAUUGUAGAUGAUGGACCAACACAAAAUAAACUACGGCAAGCCAGGGUAGAAAUCAUAAGCUCCGAGGUGUGUAACAGAAAGGAUGUGUAUGAUGGCAUGGUAACUUCAGGAAUGUUAUGUGCCGGAUUCAUGGAAGGAAAAGUAGAUGCCUGUAAGGGAGAUUCUGGUGGACCUCUGGUUUAUGAUAAUCAUGAAAUCUGGUACCUAGUUGGUAUAGUAAGUUGGGGACAAUCAUGUGCUCUUCCCAAAAAACCUGGGGUCUACACAAGAGUGUCUCAGUAUCGAGACUGGAUUGCCUCCAAGACUGGUAUCUAGUGUGAACUGACCCUGAAUUUUAUCCAUCACACAUUGAGCUAAAACUCCUGCAUAUUAUGUGUUAUUUGUAUUCUUGUGAUUUGGAUCAGUUCUUUUGUUGAAUGUCAAGAAGUCCUUCAGAGGCAGAGCAAUCUACUAUCAUGAGGCGGACUUUGUGUACAUGGGACAGAAAUCUUUCUCUACCCUAAGAGAAAAAGACACAGCAAAUGACAGGUAGCACCAGCUCCUCACUCACAUGGGAAAUUGUGAUCCUAUUAAUCAGAUGAAUAUUUACAUAUAGUUUCCAUCCAUUGAAGAUGGGAACAUUAUUUUCGACAGGAUAUGAAGAGCUGCCAGGGCUCUCAAAAUCUUACCUCAUAUAGUACCUAGAGCACUUGGGAUUCAUCUAGCAAAAAAAUCAAACAGCAACCAUCCCUAAGGAUUCAGGGCUCCAGCAUUCUAGGACUGAUUACUGGACCUUCAGUGGCUUGAAUGGAGCAGUGUGAGAUUUGCAAUAUAACUUGAAUUCUAACCUGGGUUUACAAAAUACAGAGCACUAUCAUUAACCAUGAGAACUGCUAUUUAAAAGGUCUUUAAAUAUAUAUGAACUUGCUAUUAACAUUGGGUUAUAUACAUCAGUACUAGCUUCAGGAUGCAUGUUGUAUUGUUAAUAAGCAUUUCUGAUUUAUUCUUUAACAGUAUCUUGCCAUUCACACAUCAUUUGAAGCUAGAUUGAAAAGGAGACAACUUUUGAGAGCACUUUUUCAUGGACAUAGGAAGGAUAAAAAGAACCAGUGGAACCUAGGCUAUCAGAGAUGCUUCAAAUGAUUACUAACAAAACAAGCACUCUUUAGAUUUUUGGUGAAAUGAGACAUCCAAUUAUCAUUUAGAUAUACCUCUAUCAUAUACAGUGCUUUUAUAAGUCUUCAGUUCUCUGACAAGUCAGAUGUCUGUUAGAAUGUCAGGUUAGGAAAUCUGAUUUGUGCAAAGUACUUGGCACAUUGUUUGGCAUAUAUCAUACACUGUAUAAAAGUUUGUUAUAAUGGGAAGGAAUGCCUUUAUGAGUUUUAAAGUAAAUGAACUUAAUUUGUUUAAUGAGUGAAUGGCCUGGGGCUUAAACCAGCCCCAGGUCUAGUGGGAGAGAGCACAGGCUUAGAAUCAGACUGCUUGAGCUUGAAUGUUGACUCUGCCAUGUACAAACUAUGGGUCCUUAACAUCUCUGCAUUAGCACUUUCAUCUCUACAGAGAGAAUAAAAAUGGUACCCACCUCAUAUCAUUAUGAGGAUUAAAUGCAUUCAUAUAGGUGAAUUACUUGGAACAGUGUCUGUACCCAGCAGGCUCUCAAUACGGACUAUGUGUGUGCAUGCUCAGUUGUGUCUAUCUCUGACCCCAUGGACCCGCCAGGCAUAUGUCCAUGGAAUUUUCCAGGCAAGAAUACUGGAAUGGGUUGCUCUUUCUUAUUCCAGGGGGAUCUUCCUGACCCAGGGAUCGAACCUACAUCUCCUGCACUGACAGGUUUAUUCUUUACCACUGAGCCACCUGGGAAGCCCAUAUAUGGAUUAGCUGCUAUGAAUUAUUAUUAAUGUGCUUUGGGCUCAAUGAAACAAUAUACUAUUUAAAAAUUGUACUUUGCUUCUUUAAAAUCAUGUAAUUGAUUUCAGAAUAGUUUAAAUUACAUUGUAAAUAAUUAGGUGAAUUGCUAGGUUUUCAAAAUCAGUUUUGUAUGCCUCAGUAAUGUAUGUAUAACCAAGUCUGCUUAUGCCCAAGUAGUCAUAGGAUGUUUGGUCAUCUGUCAUCAGGGUUGUGCCUACAGAGAUGCAGCUGGAUUCACACUCAGGUACCAAACAUGAGGCCUCAAAUUCUAGACUUGUUGCUCUGACUUAUCUAAGAAAAAUCUAGUCUCUUAGUUUCUUUAAUGACUGAAACUUUAAAUUUGCAUGUAUGUGUGUUAUAUGUAAUAUAUAUGUAAACAAGAUAAAUGUAACUAAAAAACUCCUAGUCAUUUAAUAUAAAUGUUAAAAUAUAAUAAACACAAAAUGGUUAUCCAUACAUACUUCCCUUUUGAAAACAAAAAAUCACCAAAUUUCUGAGCUGAUGACUCCUAGCAACUAAAUAUCAACAGUAAAAGCAGAAUAAAAAUUUAAAUCCUUAUGCUUCCUUUUAUAUGUAGAGAUACAGCCAAAGCUUUUUGGAAAAUACUUAGCAUAUUCAAAAUGGGUUUGAUUGAUGAUGUACCUUCUUUAUAUUAAAGCCUAACACAACCUUUGGUAGACACAAGAAUACAAAUCUGUCUAGAUUGAAUGGAUAUGUGCUUUUGUGUACCUAUAUUUUUAUUUCAGAAGACUGUGACAACUCUUUGCAUAUAAAUACCUGUGAAACUACAUAUAUGUAUUUAAAUUAUAAUACAGUUAAUUUACUUCAGCCCAAUGGCAUUUUGACACAUAUGAGAGAAAUAAAUGUAAUAGACUGUAUAAAUCUAAGAAAUGGAAAAGCAGAUUUUAAAAAUAGAUUUAUAUAUACUAUUUUUAGUUGGAUUCUGAUCUGUUGUGUGGUGAUAUGGGAAUCAUGCAAUAGCUUUUCCUCAUGUUUUCCAUCUACCAUAUGGGACAUUGGGUGAUCUAACUCAUGGCAUUGUUGUAAAGCUUUCUUGUAAAAUAAUAAAGUUGAAAAAUCAAAGAAUGUUUAAAACCUGGUCAAAAAAUGCAAAGUAUAUUACUGCAAAAUGAUAUUAGUACAGAUGAUACUGCAAAUGCAUUAAAAUUAUAAAGAAGUGGGUUUUUUACAGUGUUAUUUUUAUUUAUCAAUAGUAUUGCUUUGUGAAUUUUGCAGAUAUUUUGUGGUUAAAAAAAAGCCUGGGCUUUGUCUUGCAUGCUGUGAAUACUAUAAUAACACACACAUAUUUUCAUAGAAAAAAAAAUAACAACUCUACAAUUCGUCUGACUCAUUGUUUUUAAAAAGACAGGUCAAAGCCAUUUCAGUUGACAGUAAAUGAUGUAGCAUAUAAUUCCUGUGGAAUUUUGAUAGAAUUUGGGGUGCCAUGUGGAUGAAAGGGUUAAUUUUUAAUGCUAGAACAAGAUUGAAACAAAAAAUUUUGCAAUGCCUAACCACCUCUCAGGAAAAUCUUCUUGAUUCAAUAACACUAACAGCAAAAAUACAUUAAUAGCAAUCAUCCAGUGAACUUGAUACCUUGCUCAUCUAUUUAUUUGACAGUGAUGGGAUGUGUGCAAGGCAUUCAUUCAUGUCCUCAUGGAAGUGAAAAAUGAACUUGUUACAAAUUAUUGAAAUUAAUGCUAGAGUUAUAGCUAGUUCACUAGACGGGAUAUUGUGGUUCCAGAAGUCACUGGAAUGAAAUGAUUAUUGCUAGACCAGUGUUUCUCCUAGGAAAAAAGUUCAACUCACAUCGUGUUUGGCAAAGUAUGUCAUUUAACCAAACCAGCUUUAUGGUUAAUAUAAAUAAUACCACUUAAAACUAUAUCCAACUGUAUCUAAGGAAAUGAAGGAUAAUUUUAAUAAUGUAGAUGAAGUUGUAGAGCUAGUUAAAUUGGCAGGUCAGAAUAAUCCAUGGAAAGUUUCCCCUGCAAAUCUACACAAUAUCCAUUGACUUUCUCAUCCCCCAACACUAAACUUUCUAAUUGAAGCCUUUAUGUGAUGUAAAUUAAGAAUCUAUACCAUAUUUUAAAAUGAGGAGCAGCAAAAGAUUUCAGAUCUUGCUAAAGCAAAAAGUGUUUGCUUUGAACUUUGCUCUUUUUAAUGCCUCAACUAGGAGAUGUUUUAUAAACAAAACUACAGGAAGUACACUAAAAUGCAGCAAACUAGAAGUUUUGAUUAAGAUGAUUUUGUGAACACUUACAAUGAACAUUCUUUUACAUGUUUCAAUAUUUUUCUUGCUUGAAAGUUUUAACUCUGGCUAAUAAGAAAUGAGAGAAAUGUAAUCAUGUCAGACAAUUAAGAGAACUAUAUCGUUGCUCCCAACUGCCCUUAACUUUUUAAAUGGAAUGUUAACCUAUCUACCUCACAAUGUUGUGAGGUUUUCUUCUUGAAUGAGAGUGUUCAAAUUCAGAGAAUGUUUCAAACUGCUUGAAAAGUGCCAAGUGUAUUAUUAUAAACUGGUAACAGCAUAGCUGAUGCUGCACACGCACUAAGAUUUCAUUAGAUU